UUUGCGAUUUAACGACCACGACUUACGGGAUCCCGCUCCUCAGACCAUCACGGUGUCAGCUUUAUUCACAUGAGCACAUCCUGGGUAAAUACUGGGUAGCGUGUGCCUGUUUGUUCGGCCGUGUUGACUCAAACAGGCUGAUGUGAACUUUGAAGAAACCACAGUUCGAAGUUCAAGCAGGCUGCAGAUAAGUGAUUAUCGGCUCACACCAUCCCUCAGCCUGUAAACAACAGCAGUGUGAGCUCAGCAUGGAGGACGUGGGACUGAUCUGAAGAACAACAGAGCAAACAUAUCCACGAUGGGGAGUCAGAGGAAUGGCUUUCACAAGGAAAGCUUCAUCCUGUCAGUGGACAUGGGCACGACGUCCAUCAAAUGCCAUGUCUAUGACAAGGAGGCCAAAAUCCGAGGAUCAUGCACCACCAAGGUGGUGCCCUUGUACCCAGAGGUGGGCCACGUGGAGAUGGACCCAGAUGACCUGUGGAAGGCUUUUAUCACCGUGGUUAAGGGAGCCGUGCAAGAUGCAGGUGUCCACAUGCGUCAGAUAGAAGCUCUCGGCAUCUCCACUCAACGAGCCACCUUCACAACUUGGGACAGGAAAACGGGGGUUCCUUUCCAUAACUUCAUCAGCUGGCAGGACCAGAGGGCUGCAGACCUGGUGAAGUCCUGGAACAGAUCCUGCACCAUGAAAACGAUCCACGGCGUGAUGAAGGCGGUCUACUUCCUGACCAGGCAGAAGCGAUCCCUCGCGGCGAGUCUUAUCGUCUUCUCCACCCAACACGUCACCUUUCGCCUCGUCUGGGUGCUCAUGCACUACAAGCAGGUCCGUCAAGCAAUAGAUGAAGGCAACUGCUGCUUUGGGACAAUAGACACCUGGCUCCUGUUCAAACUCACAAAAGGACAGGUCCAUGCCACAGAUUACUCCAACGCCAGCACAACGGGGAUUUUCGACUCCUAUCAGAUGUGUUGGAGUGGGUUUAUCUCCUCUCUUGUGUCUCUGCCUCUGUCUAUUUUGCCCAAAGUAGAAAAUACAGGCCACAACUUCGGUUCCACGGACCCAUCCAUCUUUGGAGUGUCCAUUCCCAUCAUGUCCUUGAUGGCGGACCAGCAGGCGGCCAUGUUUGGAGAGUGCUGCUUCGACAUCGGCGAUGUAAAGAUCACCAUGGGAACAGGCACCUUCAUGGACAUCAACACCGGGAACAAACCGCACACGUCCGUAGCAGGCCUGUACCCUAUCGUGGGGUGGAAGAUCGGCUCCGAGGUGGUGUACCUGGCAGAGGGCAACGCGGCAGACACGGGCACCGCCAUUAAAUGGGCGCAGAAGCUGGAGCUGUUCUCUGACGUCCAGGAGACCAGCACCAUGGCUUACAGCGUCAGCGACUCAGACGGAGUGUGUUUCAUCCCGUCCUUCAGCGGCCUGCAGGCUCCACUGAAUGAUCCCAAAGCUUGUGCUUCCCUCAUGGGCCUCAAACCCUCCACCACCAAGAGCCAUCUGGUCCGGGCCAUCCUGGAGUCCAUCGCCUUCAGAAACAAGCAGCUCUUUGAAACGAUGCUAAGAGAGACUCACAUUCCCAUCACAAAGAUCAGGGUUGAUGGCGGCGUUUCCACCAACGACUUCGUCAUGCAGCUGACUGCAAACCUGUUCGGCAGGAAGGUAGCCAGACCCCAGCACAACGAGAUGUCGUGUCUGGGGGCUGCUUUUGUCGCUGGACUUGGAGUGGGUUUCUGGAAGACCCGCGAAGAGCUGAAAAAGUUGCAGAGUACCGACGAACUGUUCCUGCCCCAGGAGGCAGCCAAGGAGGGCAACCCAAACUGGGAGUACGCCCCCAUCCUCCAGAGCUGGGAGCGAGCUCUGCAGCGCUCCAUGAAUUGGUACAAGCAGCCUUGACACUGGAUCAACACAACUGAAUGAAAAGAUUUUAAACCGAAUUACUGUUUGAGAAAUGGCGACCGUCAGCUGUGAUGUUAGAAUGAAUUUAAAUAAUGUUUGUCAAUCUACUAAAUCCUGGUCCGCUCUUUUUAAAGGUAUGAUACGAAGCUUGUAGCGGUGAUGAAGGGGUCGGUGUGCUCUGUAAUCGUUAGCAGAACUCUUUGUAGGGGAGGGGAAAUGACAGCUUUUCUUUUUCAUACUCUAAAGCAGGACACACCUGAGCACUGACAUAGUCGUACAGCACUAACAGCUUUGGUUUACAGCAGGACUGUGGGGAAACACACUUUGCAGUGCAGGUCGGAUUCAAACCAAAGUGUCAUCAGCCACGUUACAGCCACACACUGAAAUUUCUCUACGUUUACUGAAUGUCCUCGCACGAUAGCGGCGUGACCAGAAGUGUAUUCAUUCCACAUCUGAAGGUGCUGCUUCAUAUUUCAGUAUUAUGUUGGGGGUUUUGUUUUUCCAGCUGUAAUAAUGUUUACCAUUUUUCCACACGGGGGCGCUGAUGAUUGAAUUUAUUGCUCACCAUAGCAACCGCAUGCCAAAUGUUAACCAGGAGCCACAGACUGAAAAAAAAAAAUCAGAUUCACAGCCUCGGUGAGAAAAAAGAAAAAAGAGGGAACAAGGGGGGAAAGAAGACCAGUCUGCUCACGACACCUCAGGACUCAACGGAAACAGAGUUUGAAGAAACAUUUAGUGAUGUCAAGUCUCUUACAUGUUGCUGCUUCUCCUGAACUGGUGUUUUUGUAUCUCAAGAAAAACCUCAAGAACACCUCAAGUCACACAUGAUGCCUUUUCUGGAGCAAUGUCCUUUGUGGAACCGUGAUUUAUGUGUCCUCUAACUUUGAGAUAAUGUUGUUUUUCUUUUAAAUGUGACUUAAACAAAUACUAACUAUACGAGUAUGGGAGCUCCACUGGAUUUCAGUAUUUGAAUGUGCGUUUGGUCUGCUUCGGGUUCGUCUCAUUACUGGUUUUUAAAUGUGACUUGGACCAGAAAUGGCACAAAAAAAAAAAGUCAUUUUGCUAUGCAGUAAUCACAUACGCAAUUAUCUGUCAUUUUGUUUGGGGAUCAGGUGAUCAGGGUUACAGCAGAUAGAUUUGUAGUGGGUUUUUUUUUUCCUUGUUGUGUCAGAGGUAUGGCCAGGUCCAAGCGUCUUCCUCGACCUGAUGAACUCUGAUGGUGUUAUGAUGAUUAUGUGUCGCCUAUCGCUCGAGAAACUGUGAAUCUCCUUCGUUUGCUGUCUUAAUACUGUAAAAUUGUAGUAAAAGAGCUAAACUGUGUAAAGUGAUACCAUGCUGAAAUGAACGCCUCAGACGCCGGUCCGGGUCAGGACACUCUUCUUACACUUUCACUUCAUUCAGUUUUUGAAUGGCACAUGUCGUCCCGAGCUGCUGGGAAAUAACAAAUGAUGUGUAGUGAUUUGUGGAAGGUUUACUAUUAAAAAAACAUCAACCCUCA